AUUUGGAAAACUAUUUGGUGCCUGGCUUUGGAAGAAGAAAGCAUUUGGGGUUUGUUGUUGUUGUUUUAAAAAAUCCAAACUGAAGGUACAAAAACUGGCAGAGGGAAAAACUUGUGCGGGGAAACUUUUUUCCCUGGUGGAAUGGAUGAUUGCGAUGAGUGCUGAAAUUGGAGUCUAACCAGAGUAGCGGAGAGAGUUUCUUCAGGCAGCAGCAAGCAACUGACAGCUCAGAGUGUCUUGGUGCAAGCAGACGACUCACGUCGCUCCAAGCUCAUCCUCGCUGUCUGUGCCCAAUGGGACUGCCGCCUCUCGCCUCUAAGGCUCCUUAUGGGGUUGGAAACAGAAUCAUGUUAUCUGCAACCUAAUGCUUUCGGGGUCAAGACCUUGGUUCGUGAAGAUGGUCUUUUACUGGGCGUUGUGUACAGACUCGUGGUUCUGAUCAAGUCCCGAACACAUUAGGAAAAAGCUUCACACACCGCGACCCAAUUGUGGGCCGGAGUCCUUCCAGUCACUCUGCCUUCGAGGGUCUGAGCUGCUGGGAAGUUACUAUGCAGCUUGGACUGUGCACAGUGGUGGUUUUUCUGAGCUUGGCGGAUCUUGCAGACAGCAGCAGCAGCAGCAGCAGCAGCAGCAGCAAAGCACUGAAGGGCAAGAGGCAAAGACGAAUCAGUACUGAGAUGACUCAAGGCUGUGCGAAGGGAUGUGACCUGUGCUCUGAGUUCAACGGGUGCCUCAAAUGCUCCCCCAAACUCUUCAUCCUUCUGGAGAGGAACGACAUUCGCCAAAUUGGCAUCUGCCUGCCCUCUUGCCCACCGGGCUACUUUGAUGUGCGGAACCCAGACAUGAACAAGUGCAUGAAAUGCAAAAUCGACAACUGUGAGGACUGUUUCAGCCGAAACUUUUGCACAAAGUGCAAGGAAGGCCUGUACUUGCACAAAGGAAGAUGUUACGCCACCUGCCCUGAGGGUUAUUCUGCUGCCAAUGGCACCAUGGAAUGCAGCAGUCCUGCACAAUGUGAAAUGAGCGAGUGGGGUCCAUGGGGCCCUUGCUCCAAGAAAAAGAAGCUCUGCGGCUUCCGGAGAGGCAACGAGGAGCGCUCUCGGAAGGUCCUUCAGGCGCCCUCCUUGGGGGACGUGUCUGUGUGCCCAGCCACCAGCGAGCUCCGGAGAUGCACAGUGCUAAAGAACCCGUGCCCAGAAGGAUGGAAAAAGAAAAAGGAAGAGCAAGGAAAGAGAGACAACGCGAAUGAGGACAGAAGCCGGAAAGAUGCCAAGGAUGGCCGUGUCAGGAGAAGGAAAGGCCAGCCCAGGGGAACAGUUGUGCCUGUGACCUCUGCUCCGUAGCUGUCCCUCCACAGCUGUGCGAUGACAAACCUCCAUUGCUGCUAUGUAUAUGAAAGCUUUAUUGAACCAAAACACUGCACCACGAUGACGUAAGACAUGGCUGGACAGACGGAAGGAUCCUUCUAUGGGCAGAACGUACAAAAAUGCAGACCCACCUAUAUCCGGCGUAGUGUAUCAGAAACAUGGAAAUUCCUCGUGGUUCCUUAGCAAGGGGACUGUCUCAACAAGGUGCUCUUGACCAGAGUGCCCAGGACUUGAUGUUGGGAAGAUGAGAGGGAAGAAGGCACAUGCUUUAAGGAGGGCCACUGAGCAAACAUCUCCAGCUGGAGUCACUAUGGACAGACGGCAUGCGAGGAGACAGUUCCCAAUGCCAAGGACAAGACUGGAAUGAGUUUGCUCAAAAUCUGGAAAUGCACAAAGGCUGCUUUCAAGUCCUCUCCAUUGUGUUUCAACCUGUAUCACUGAGAAUAUGUGUUGCAUAUCUGUGAUGAACGUCCAGGGGUGUUUGCCCUGAUACUGCUUCAAAAUUUCAGAUUAAAAAACCCCAAAAAUAGU